UGGUGUGUGUGAAGUGAGUCUAGCUGGAUAUCAACAACAGAUUGAAACGGACCGCAAAUGAUAAUGUGCCGUUUGCAUGCCGUUUUUAUCCACCAUUCCGCUGGAAAUAUUAUUUGACAGGUCUAGGAAUCGCAUUGAUAGAUCAAUGGUUUGGUUCGGGCUCACUGAAAGCGGUAUUACGGAGGGUUUCUCGUCGAGCUGCUGCUAACAGAAGGUGGUGGAGAGAGAGGGGCGAAGCUCGAAUAUUCAUGCCUUCCUGUUAAUGAAACUCUAUUACGAAUUCCGUGCAAGGGUUGCCACCCGCCAUGUUAAGAUAAAAACACAGAUCUCUGUGUUGAAUAUGCUAAAGCGAUUGGAUAAGAUAAGGUUCAGAGGACCCAAGCGAGAUGAGUUCUUGGACCUUGCUGAGUCUCCCAACGCAUCUGACAACGAAUGUAAUGACGACGUCCCGGUGAAACAGCGGGGAUCCAUCAAAGACUCGGAGGAGUUGCGAGACCCUGCUGGUUCAGGGACUCUGACCAUGUCUACUGCCAUCCAGGACUACCAGAGGUGCGAAACUGACCGACUCAAUGAGGUCAAAGGUCAUCUGGAGAUAGCCUUACUGGAAAAGCACUUCCUACAGGAGGAGCUGCGGAAGCUUCGGGAGGAGAUGAAUGUUGAGACACUGAAGCAGGACCUUGAGAAAGAAAAGUCGAAAAGGGUCGAUCUUGAGCAGAAAAUUAAUGAAAUUCUCAGAUCCAGACUUGAAGAUUCGCCGCCUCCGCCUACAAAGCCACAAGUUACAGCUGUAAAUGGGACAGGGGACAAACAGAAGGAGACAUUGAGCUCUCGCUUGUGGAAAUGGCUCUAUGAGCGCUUUGGUGUUUAUAUCGAAGACUUCCGCUUUCAGCCUGAAGAGAACACAGUAGAGACUGAGGAACCACUAAGUGCUAAAAGAUUAACAGAAAAUAUGAGACGACUAAAACGGGGUGCUAAGCCUGUAACUAACUUCAUGAGGAACCUUUCUGCCUUAUCCAGCUGGCACUCUGUCUACACGUCACUCAUCGCCUUUAUUAUCUAUAUGAAUUCUGCCUGGCAUGGCUGGGUUAUCCCCAUGUUUCUAUUUUUAGCCAUUCUGCGGUUGUCCUUGAAUUACCUCAUAGCAAAAGGUUGGAGGAUACAGUGGAGCAUUGUGCCUGUGGUCUCAGAACCUGUGGAACCUCCAAAAGAAGAUCUUACUGUCUCAGAGAAGUUCCAGUUAGUUCUGGAUGUUGCACAGAAAGCCCAGAAUCUAUUUGGAAAGAUGGCAGAUGUAUUGGAAAAGAUAAAAAACCUGUUCAUGUGGGUGCAGCCUGAAAUUACACAGAAAUUGUACGUUGGUUUGUGGGUUACUUUCAUCGUUUCCUGUUUUCUGCCAUACAAACUCAUGGGCUUCAUGAUUGGCAUCUAUGCUGGCAUUAAAUUCUUCAUCAUUGACUUCAUCUUCAAAAGCUGCCCCAAACUGAGGGACAAGUACGACACGCCCUACAUUAUAUGGACCAAUUUACCCACUGACCCACAGCUGAAAGAGCGUAACAACGCCACUCAGAACAGACGGCUGUCUGGCUUUGAAAAGAUCCAGCCUGUGGUAGCACGCGGUAGCCAAGCGGCUGGUAUGCCUUGUGGAAUUGGUCGUGAGGAGGAUAGUGGGCGGACCUACAACACCAAAAGAGGCCCCUUUCAUGAAGUCUUCAACCUGUCUGAGAAUGAGCGCCCUCUGUCAGGAAAGGACAUUGUGUUCCACAAAAGAAAGGGUUUGGAACAAUGCAAGGUGUGUGAGAACGGAUGGCGAUGUUGCUUGAUCAACAGGGACAGAAAAAUGCCGACGGACUAUAUCCGCAAUGGUGUCCUCUAUGUGACGGAAAAUUACCUGUGUUUUGAGAGCUCCAGCUCCAGGGCUACCUCCUCUAAGAAGAACAAAGUCAUCAAGCUCCUCGACAUCACCGAUAUUCAGAAGUACAAGGUGUUAUCAGUAUUGCCUGGAUCUGGAAUGGGGAUCUCAGUUACUACGCCAUCCACUCAAAAGCCUCUAGUGUUUGGUGCCAUGAUUCAUCGUGACGAGGCCUUCGAUGCCAUCUACACUCAGUACACGAAGAUCAUGGGUUCUACACCAACAACAACAGUCCCAAACCCAGAGACAUAGGACACAGGCAGGCUUUAAGCCUCGACCGUAUGAACCCUGAUUCACAUAACACAACUUAGUCCAUAAGUCAGUUCUAACCUUAAUGUAGCACAUUAAUCUAGCCCCGAUGUGGAGACUUGAUGCCUUCCAGGUGUUGUCUGCCCCAGGGCGCAAUCCGAAAGAUGGACUACCAAAAAAACUUUUCUUUUUUUUAGACUAUAAGCAAGUAUUAGGAGGGGUUUUUUAUAUAGUCUUCUCUCAUAAGACAUUCUGUAAUCAUACACAAGUGUUUGUCGGGAUGUCUUAUUUUAUAAGGUAGGAGAGUGGUUGUACCUCUUAUUUAUGUCUUAUGUUCUACAACAGCAAAAUGCCACUUUGGAACAGGAGCUGGUUCUCCUUCAUUAAAAAGACUCUGAUAAGAGGGCUUUCUGUGUAAUAAUCAGACCCUAUAACCCGUCAUCUCUGUGCUAAGUCCCAUUUUCUUCCAUUUAAUUGCAUCACCGCUGGCCUUGCACAAAGAAACAUAUUGCACUUAGUAGUGUUGAGAGCUUUUAGAUGUGAUACAGGAUGAUUUGGGGUACAAAGAAACAGACUUGACCUCUAGUUCUCAUUAUUAAUACCACUUAGCUAGGUACUCCAUAAUACUUAGUAACAUAUUUUAAUGCAUAAUUGCAAAUCUUUAUGGCAAAGCAGCUGACAACUGCCAUACACACAAUUCCUUGGUGUCUUCGGUACUCUAUCUUAAGUAUUUUUGAGAAUUGUGUUUUGGAAAAUUAUAGCAACCUCAUACAUUUUAAUUGAAGAAAAAGUUGUCAUCAUUUACUCACCCUCGUGUCAGUCCAAGCAUGUUUGCUUGCAAAAUUUCUAGGCUGCUUGGGCUAAAUAUCUCCUUUGGUUUUUCAAGGGAGAUAGACUUGCCAUUCUAGAUGUUUGGAAUGUCAUGAGGGUGAGUAAAUGAUGCCAGAAUUUUCAUUUAAAGCACAAAAAUAUUAUGUCUUGUCCAUAAAAUGAAUGUGCACAAAAAAGUGUGGAAGACCAUUCAGACAGAGUAGGAAUAAGCUAGAGUAUAAAUCUCGUUCUUCGUCACUGUCAUAUUAGCGUAUAAUUGAUUCCUGGGAUUGUAGAUGUAUUUGAUGCCUCCUUGAAUGUUAUUGGCACUGCUGACAUAAGUUAAACAUUUUUAUAUUGCAAAUCCUCUUCCCUAUAUUAACAUUGAAUUACUAUAAGGAAACCACAUUCUCUGUGUAGAUGUAUUGUAUUAUGAUUUUUCACAAUGUGCAUUUUGUAGGAAAACAUUUUGAUGUACUUUUUUGUACAUCUUUGACAUGCUACGCUUUUAAAAACAUUGCAGUUUUUAAAAACUUUUACAUUGCAAUGUUAAAAACAUUGCAUUACUCUGUGGAUAACAUUUUUAAUUUAACUUUUUGCUAUGCAGAUGUCAAUAGCUCCUUUGGAUUAGAAGCAGGUGUUUUCUUUCUAACAGGAAGAGUUUUCUCAAUGGUUUUUAUUUUUAUUUUGGUCUGAUUUGGUCUGCAAUUCAAAUUGUGCUGUGCUAAAUUGCACUUUAAACUUUUCAUUUAUUUUAAAGCCUUAUUACUUUCCUGCCUUAUAAUGCCUUUUUUUUUGUUUGUUUUUUGCUUUAGAACCAUUUGACACUUUAAUUGUUUUUCUUGAAAUUGAUUUUUAGUCAAUAUAUGUCUAUUGGCGUAGAUGCUGGACUCCUUGGAUGCUAUAUACCUUAUCAAUGCUAGCGCCUUCUUUGGCUUUUAACGGGAAUGACAACGGGGCUCUGAGGGACAGUCUUACAUUUUAACCAAGUUUACUAUGUAGCACUUUUUUGGCUUUUUAAAUAAUACCACUUUUUAAAGUGGAAUACCAUACCAGUUAGAGUUACUAAUAUGAUGGUAAUAUUUGCUCUGCAUAAGUAAAUAUUUGUAGCACUAAUACACGUUAAUUAUGUACUUUGGCUGAGGGUUAUGGGAAUAAUGGUUUACACAUUUUACCUUUUUAGUUCUCAUUCAAUUUCAUAUUAAUUCUGUUGACUCGUGCGUUUGAAAAUUAAAUUACCAAUAAUGAUUGUCUUUUGCCAAAUAAAUAUGUGUAUUGUUUGCGCUCUGUCCUGCCUCAGCCCCCGAGUUGUGUUUACAGAAAUGUGUGUUGAUCCUGCUGUCAUUAGCUAGUUUGAUCCCCAGAACAAUGGGGGCAUGAAAAUUAGCUUUUGUUUUUGCCUAUAAUGAAUGCUGGAGUGGCUGGAAAGGGUUGAUUUUAACGUUUUAAAUGCCUUGUAAAAACAAGGAUAUUUUUCAACCUCUCAUGCUUUUAUUUGAUAUUGAGUUUACUGCAUUCUUUUUUGUUUUUCAUCCAAUUUUAAAAAUAUGAUUAUUGUUCCCAGGAAGUCCUUAUCUAUAGCAUGAAGGGGUGUCGUUGUAUUAUUUCUUGGAUUAUCUUUCACUGUUCCAGUUGUUUUAAAUUUAAAGCAUCUGUGUUUUUGGUUGUAGAAAACAAAAAUUGUAUUUACAGCUGCCCAGUAACUGGGGUUUAAUCGAUUUGUGAGAGGAGCAACCACCAUAAAUUUGAGUCUUCACAUUUGAAAAUACUCAGAAAUGUGUUAAAUAAAUCUGUGCUGAAUGUGACUGGAUGUUUGUGUUCAUCAAACAUUUGUGUUUACACUGGAUGUACAUGUCUGGUAAACCCUUUUUGCCUUCCUCUAAGUAGUCAUCAUUGGAAAAGAAAUAAACUGAGUUCUUUGUAAUCUUUAUUGG